AUGCCUCUGAUUUUAAAACGCGUUCCUGUAGUUCAACAAUUGUCUGAUAAAGAGGAUUCAGUAGCUAAUCACCUUAUUGCUACUAUGCGUUAUCCAGAAGGUGGAGACUUUGCACAUUCAUUCGCUAAUAGUUUUCAUUUUAUAAUUUUAAAAAGAGACUGGAAUAAAACGCCUAUAGAUAGGGAAUUAAGGUUUACAAAAGACCUAAAAAAUGAUAUUAAUUGUGGAAUUAAUGAUACUUUCGGUUUAAAAGAAAUGCAACAGGUCGAAGGACUUUUCAAUAAAUUAGAUUUAAAAACUCAUGCGAAUAUGUCAUUAUUUCUUAAACAAUCAAAACUUCGAUUAGCCUCGGGUAAGAUUGAAAAAGAGGAUUUAUCUGCAGGUCUUAAAGAAAUUCGUGUUCAAAGAAGAGAAAAAGAAAAACAAAUUCCGCUUCAAGAUAAGCAAUCACUAUCAUUUGGAGAAGAAAUUGCAUUACAUCUUUUUAAUUGUUUAUUAGGUAAUAAAUAA